GAACCUCAGACUGAUAUUCCUGCUGAUGUGGAGACAGAACAAGACCGGGUUUUCUUCAUUAAGGCCGUGGCUCAGUUCAUGGCCACCAAAGCUCACAUCAAGCUCAACACCAAGAAGCUGUACCAGGCCGACGGGUACGCGGUGAAGGAGCUGCUGAAGGUCACCUCGGUGCUCUACGGGGCCAUGCACACCCAGGGCGUGCAGCGGGCAGAGCUCAGGGAGGACGACUCGGCCAAGUUCAAGUUGGACCUGGGCUCAAAGGUUGCUGACCUGAAGGCAGCUAGACAGCUUGCUUCUGAAAUCACCUCCAAAGGAGCAGUUCUGUAUGACUUACUUGGCAAAGAAAUGGAGCUAAGGGAAGCAAGAACAGAAUCUAUUGCCAGACCUUUGGAGAUAAAUGAGGCUGAGAAGGUGAUGAAAAUUGCCAUUGACAGUGUUCUGGAACAAGUCCGAAAGACUAAAGACAUGUUGAAUAAUGUGGCUUUGGAUGAAAGCAAUUUGGAAGCCAAGAUUGAAAAACGAAAACUGGAACUGGAAAGAAGCCAGAAGAGGCUACAGACUCUACAAAGUGUUCGUCCUGCUUUUAUGGAUGAGUACGAGAAGAUUGAGGAGCAGCUGCAGAAACAAUACAGUAAUUACCUGGAAAAAUUCCGUAAUCUGACCUACAUGGAGCAACUCCUGGAUGAUCAUCGACGGGCAGAGCAAGAGAUGUUUGAGGAAGCAGCAAACAUGUUACGUCUUAUGCAGAACAGGCUGAAGGAAGAGGAGCAACACCUGCUAAAGAGUGGAGGUAAUGAUGAUUCUGACAUCGACAUUCCGGAGGAUGAAGGAUCUGACAGUGAACUGGAAGGGCAGAUCAUGAAGCAGCACACCAGCACAGAAGCUCUGCUGCAAGGAAGAGCUGGCACACGGAUCGUGGGAACAAUGCAAGGUGGAGACACGGAGGAAGAUGGGACACCUGCCCCAGCACGGCCAGGCUCGCACAAGGUCACCACCAAGGCACAGGAGGACUCGGGGGAUAGUGAGAUUGACCUGGAUGAAGAUGAUGAUGAGGAGGAGGAUGAUCUGGAAGAUGACAGCAUGGAAAUCUCCCCAAGCAAAUCCAGCCACCGAGCAAGGAAGCCAGAGCCACUGGAGCAAAGUGAUAAUGACUUCUGACUCUUCAGGAGCAGGAGGCAUCUUGAAACAGGAACUUUGGAGAGAAUGCAGGCCAGGAGCAAAUAUCCUGCCAUCUGAAAAGUGUGUCAGCAUGAAUUUAGGAGUUGGUGAAUAAUGGUCAUUAAACUUAAAAAUUAAACUCGGAUUGCCAGGCUUGUGACUCUCAAAGCAUGAGCAGUUUAUCCAUAAUGACAAUCACAGUAAUGUGAUGUUAUUUCCAUAAUUGCACUAAACUGGCUCUCGUGCACUGCAGUGCCAGAAGUCUCACUCCAGUGAGCACUGUGUACCUGAUUUCCCUGCAUUUUAUUAUGUCCAAACAGGUUUUUUUUGCUUAAUAAAACUGGAUUAAAAGCUA